CUUCAUUUUCUAUGCAAGCCAGCACAUCAGAUGACAUUGAUGGCAUUCCGAUUAACGGAAACUUUCAUGAAUGCUCAGACAGAAGACCAUCUACCAGCCAACAAGGAAGAUAUAAAAGCCCUGCUGUCUGAGAUAAAGGCAUUGUUCUCUACUGACAUCUUGGUGCUGAGAGUGGAUAUGGCAACACUGGCAGGCCGAAUACAGGCAGUUGAGGCGAAUGUUGGCAAUUAUGGAAGCAAACAGCAGGACAUGGCUACUGCACCGACACAGUUACAGCACAAACAGCAAUUGCAUGACACAAAACUAGCUGAGAUGGAGAAUUUCCACUGGUGUCAGUAUCUGUGGAUUGGUUCCUGA